CCAUACCAGCAUCCUGAUCACCACCAUACUCCAUAACUGCGUGCUGAUCACCGCCAUACAUCAUACCAGUGCCUUGAUCACUGCCAUACCCCAUAGCAGCAUCCUGAUCUCCACCAUACCCCGUAUCAGUGUUCUGAUCCCCUCCAUAUGCCAUACCAUCAUCCUGAUCACUGCCAUACCCCAUACCAGCAUCCUGAUCACUGCCAUACCCCAUACCAGUGUUCUGAUCACCCCAUAUGUCAUACCAGCGUCCUGAUCACUGCCAUACCCUAUACCAGUGUCCUGAUCACCAUCACAUCCCAUACCAAUGUCCUGAUCCCUACCAUACCCCAUACCAGCAUUCUGAUCACCCCAUAUGUCAUACCAGUGUCCAGAUCACUGCCAUACACC